AUGGAUAGUGACAAGUGUGAUGAAGAUAUGAAGGAUUCGCACCCAGUCACACUGGCCGAGGCAAGGUAUUUACUCGAGGGACAGAAAGAAAGAUUCAGGGCAGAUUUCAGAUCAAAUGCAUCGAAGAUAUUUAGGUCAACACUGGGAUAUCUCGAUGAGUUCUGCAGGAUCAAAGACAAGUCUGUUGCCGAGGAUCUUCGCACAACCCUUUCUGCACUGGGCUUCAGCGAACUCGAGAUAGCUUUGUUUGGAUCUUUGUUUCCUCAGUCUGUUGAGGAGGCGAAGUCUCUUGUUCCAUCUCUGGAAUCAAAGGGUGACGAUGUUGUUGAGCAAGCUGUGGAAAAGAUACAGCAGCUGGCCCUAUGA